AUGGAUAUCAACCUACCAAAUCUCGUCAACGCCGCCAUGCCGAAUCGCGGCGACCGUAACGUUGGAAUCGUCUCAUACAACGGCGGUUCCAACCACAAUGACCCGGGUUUCUUAUCCAAUGACUUUCCUCGUUCACCACCAAAACUAUAUAUCACCGCUGAAGAUGAUGACUUUGACGUAGUAACACUGGGCGAAUGGAGGGAUGAAGGUUUCAACGUCGAAUACAUUCCAAUGGGUGAUGGUGGUAACGACUAUCGAACCAAGAUUCAAUUUUUAAGUAAAUCGGAUCUGGGCCCUUGCGAGACUUUUGGUAUAAUUGCAUAUGGUGAUGCUGCUAGUUUUUGCCUCGAGCAUUUUCAUAUUCUGGACAAUAACCCUGAGUUCAAACUAUGUUGUCUUAUUGCGUAUUAUCCCACGCGCAUCCCGGAUCCGCGCACCAAGUUUCCUGGGGGUAUCAAUGUCCUUGUUCACCUGGCUAGUGGGGAGGAGGUCGGUAUCGUGAAGCAAACCCAGAUGGUGGGUAUCCAGGGGAAGAAACGAACAUCUAAAAGGAAGAUCGAGCGAGGCACGGGUACUGGAGGAACGCUUCAAAUGGCCUAUCCGAGUUACACCUAUGGUGCUACCCCGGGAUUCGCAGAGCACGAUCUAGAUGAAUUCGACAGGGUCAGCGCGGAGUUAAGUUGGAGUCGAAGCCUGGCUACGGUCAGGAGAGCAUUCCGGAAGGACGUCGAUCUAGAGAAGGUACUUGAGCAGAAUGUCGAAAGUAAAUUCUAUUCGCGUCACUUGCAACAGACAUUGUCCACUUAUUCAGCUCAUAAGAGCCCUCAUGUAACCCAUAUUCCCACUUUGACAGGUGGUAUUGGCCCCGAUGAGCUCCAGAGGUUUUACUCCGAGUUCUUCAUCGAUAGGAACCCUUCAUCUAUGAAACUCACUCUACUUUCCCGCACUAUCGGCACCGAUCGCGUUGUGGAUGAGAUGCACAUUGCUUUCAAGCACACCCAGGAAAUGCCAUGGAUCCUUCCAGGAAUACCACCCACUAAUAAGAAAGUCGAGAUACUAGUGGUAAGCAUCGUGGCUCUUCGUGGAGGAAGACUCUACCAUGAGCAUAUCUAUUGGGACCAAGCUAGCGUGUUGGUGCAAAUUGGCCUCUUGGAUCCAAAGGUUGUUCCGAGUAAAGCCAGAGAGAAAGGAGUUAAGCAACUGCCGAUUGUUGGAAAGGAGGCAGCUAAGCGCGUACUGAACGGCUACGACGAAGGCGAUGAAGGCGAGGCGACGAAUGAUUUGAUAGAUGAAUGGAAUGACGACGUUGAUGACGACGACUCCAGCGAUGGAAAUGAACGUACCGAAAACCUAGAUACCAAUGGUAAGACAGAAGAGGGCAGUAAUGAAAAGCAAGAGGAAGAAUCGAAGAGCAAGGGGUCCGAACAAGCCCCGCCAAGCGAGGCACAGGUAGAAGACGGGAACGCGCAGGCGGACCAGCAAUGA